CGUUCGCGUUGCAACAAAUUCAAAUAGGAUGAUGAGAGGCUUUAUCUUCUUUCAGAUUGUUUUGGUUGGACUCUCCUCAGCUCAGCAACCAUGCAUACCUCCAUCAGGGAAGCCUAGUUGCGUCUGUGACACUGCCGAUGGGACUAUUGACUUAUCUUCUCUAUCAAACACUGAUGGAACUGCAAGAUUCAGUGGCAUACCACAGAGUGAUGGAGACACUCAAUUCACAUACUCUUACAACCCUUGCACUAGCUAUUACGAGGGAUAUAGUAGCUGUAACUAUGGCAAUACUGCUGCUUGCCAGUCGACUCAAACUGAUGAUUAUUAUAUGCUCGGUGAUGCAUCAACUGAAACUAUGUACAUUGAUUCUGAUACUGGUAACAAUUACUUGCAGUAUGACAAUGGAGACGAUGCCAGGAUUACCAAAGUAUAUCUAACAUGUGAUCAGAAUGCAGACAGUCCAUCAAUUACUGCCGAUGGUGAUGGAGACACUCCUUUGACAUAU